AUGGAAUUGGGUCUGAUGCGCAUACUCGACAGCAAAAAAUGGUUACCGUUAGAGUUUCAACAUUUGAACACUGUUGUAUACCCCCUUGUACCACAAACCACCACUCAUACAUGGCCAGUGCGUACGUUCUCGGGUGUUGAAAAACCUAGGUACUUACUCGUAGCCAUGGUCACAGAUGCCAAUAAACGGGUACACGGUGAAUUUAAUCAUUGUUUCCUGCGUAACAUCAAGGCAUACUUGAACGCUGACGAGUACCCGUACGAAAACCAAAAUGCAGAUUUUGACAAAGGCAAAUUCUCGACAUUUUAUAAUUCGUACGCACAAUUUCAAACAAUGUACUAUGGAGAGAUGAACCCAUACCCUUUUUUGGAUCGAAUCAGCUACAAAAAAAUCGGACCUAUAUUCGUCAUAGAUUGUUCAAAACAAAAUGAUACCGUCAAGUCGUCCACAGUGGAUCUACGUAUUGACUUUGAAUGUGCAGAGCAAUUUCCAACUAAAACUUCGCUGUACUGCGUCAUCAUACACGACUGUCAAAUGGAAUACAAUGCAUUCACCGGAGAAGUGCGCAAAUUGUAA